AUGCUGAUUCCGGAUAGGUACAUGUCCUUUGCCGGAGGUCUGUUGCUGCUUGACAAUGCCCGAGUGGUGUGGUUGGGCUCGCCGCGAGGCAAAGGUGAAUAUAUGAACAAAUCAGACAUCCUGAUGCAUCUCAUCCUCGACUUGCAGCUCUCCGACAUUCAACGCCUGUCGAGUAGUAGUACGCAGCUAGAGUACCGUGAGCUCCAGGAUGCAGAGCUCGCGGCGGAGAUCUACCGAGAGGAGCUCCAGGCUCUGGCACAGUUCAGCCUCGCACAUUCCCUGGACCUCAGCGCCGGGUCGGCUGCAGCUCUUGACGCCCACACGACCUCGUUCCAGCCUCAGGUCCAAGGGCUGGGUUCACUGGGUGGUCACCAGGACGGCAGCAUCGACAGAAGACAGUUCCAGACAUCCGCCACGCUUGUCAACCACUACAACAACAACAACGGCAACAGCAACAGCAACAGCAACAGCAACAACAGCAACGACGACGACGAUGACGACGACGACGACGACGACGACAGCUCCCGGCAGAUCAGCUAUACAACAUGUACCUGUGUCAACGCUACUACCGAGGAAAAGUUGUCGCAGGGGUUUCGCAGGUUGGCCGCGCAGUGGCCCCUUUUGCGAACUGCGGCCGACAAAGAAAGAUCCAUUGUCAUGAACGAGACCAGGGCAGAACGCACCCAGGCAUGCGAAGAGACCCUGUUCCGCGCGGCAUUGGCUGCUUCAUGUAUCCGGGCAAGGACCAGCAACGAAGUUGAAUCCAGCGAGAGAGCGGAGGGGGAGGAUUCCCAGCAGGAAUACUGUCAGGCGGUAGACGACCUGAUGGAGUUCGUGCGUUGGAGAUACGCCGAACCCCACUCGGAACUAGAAGACGAAGACCACCUCAGAUUCUACCAGGCCGUAACUGUGGUUAUGGAGGCCGGUCUGUCAAGGUGGGAAGCCUCCAGGGCAAAGGACGAGUUCGUGGAUCUGGACCCGGACAUGGACGAGGUUUACCAGCUGCGGUGGCACAGGAAGAUGGUCCGCAUCCUAAAGAAUGAGGCAGAGGUCAAAGAGACGAAAGAGGAAGAGCGGGCAUGCAUCGCCUGUGGCGAUUCCAUGCUGCGGCUCCUCUCGGCGACGAGCCACUGCUUCCCGUGCGGACACUACUACUGCAACGAAUGCCUCGCUCGUCUGUUCAGGGCGGCCACGGUCGACGAGUCGCUAUACCCCCCCAGGUGCUGUGGAAAGGACCUCCCGCUGAGGCAGGCUCAGCCCCGGCUACCGUCAAGGCUCAUCUCCGACUUCUCCAGCAAGCAGAUCGAGUACCAGACGGAGAAUCGGACCUACUGCCACAUGUCGCAGUGCUCGACCUUCAUCCCUCCCGCGAGCAUCGAGGACAGCGACGUUGCCGAGUGCCCCCGAUGCCGGGAAACCACCUGUACCAUCUGUAAGGGGAAGUCCCACCAGGGGGACUGCCCAGAGGAUACGACGACUCACGAGUUUCUGGGUAUCGCGCAGGGGAAUGGCUGGCAGCGCUGCUACAACUGUCGCCUUGUUGUUGAGCUGGAGACCGGCUGCAAUCACAUGACCUGCAGAUGCGGAGCCCAGUUCUGCUACGUCUGCGGCACCCCGUGGAAGGAAUGUCCGUGUCCUCAGUUCUACGAGGACCAGCUUUUACAGUGA